CGUGACAGCACCUUGUGAGCGGACACGCCCACGCCAGCCCUCAAUCAUAACUAGAAACCUAAAGCGACCUGACGGGAUUUUUGAAAAAAAAACCAAAAAAAAAAAAACCAAACAGUUGAAACAGUUUUAACUUUAUCGGCGUGCUACACAGUAUUCAUUAAGCGGUAAUUUAGAAGAGGUUCACUGCGCCCCGAAUGUCUGCCUUUGUUAUUAACACGAUGCCUACUAAAUGUCUCCCUAUUUUACUACAUACUGAAUAGCUUUGUACAUUUGAUUUGAGUGUCUUUGUUUUUCAUAAUAUUCGGUACUGGGUUGCGUGACUCCAUAGCAAUGUACUGGUUACAGAUCGCAGAUAAAACACGUUUGGUUCAUUGCACAAAUGUGACGUAAAUGCUACCAUAAUAGACAGUAUCUUUUUUUUUGUUUGUUUUUUUUUUACCGCAUACGCAAUCAAGGAAGAUGUAGUCAGUAAAAAAUAACGGAAGAAAAGCAAAGCUAAGGCGCACGAUCAGUUAACAUGGACGUUGACGCAGCUUACCCCCGGUCUCAAAGAGGCGCCCUGAAGAUCGCAGAAAUGGCUGUUAUCUUUGUAUCACUUAUUUGCUUUUCUUCAGUUCCUGACACUCCUUAUAUUACUGUAACCUGCUUGGAAAUGCUGAUAAGUCUCCUGAUUUUCCUCUUGUAUCUGACAAAAUUAAACAAGAAGAUAACAAUUUUCUUCUGGCCUCUGAUUGACAUUUUAAACUCAACCUUUGCAGCAGUGUAUAUGUGCAUUUUGUGUUUGAUUGCUGUUAGCACAUAUACUGCACGUGGGACUUUGGCAGGAGGGAUUACUGGUUUAAUUGCUUCUGGAAUCUUGGCUACUGAUGGCUAUCUACUCUUCACAAAAAUUACUUUUAAUCAAUGUAAACGUCCUGAGAUUUCAGCCACAAAUAAACCUGAAAUAAGUUGAGAAAGUAACUUAAGUAACUUAUUUGUAGCAUAUUGCAGGAUUGUUUAACAAUUGUGUACUAUACUCAUUUGUAUUUUUAUUUUAUUAUUAAUUAAUUAUUAAUUAAUUUCUAUUUUCAGUAUUUAAAUGUAUAAAUUUGUCAAUUUUAUGCUGAUAUUUAUGCCAAUUUAUUCAGAGGAUUUAACAGAGCAUUUUACUGUGAAAUAUUUUAUAAUCAGUAAUGUAUUAAUACUGUAUUAGAUACUGUGUUUAUUUUCUAAAAAUAUAUUUUUUAAAAUGAGUUAAUUCAGUAAUGUAUUAGUGCAGAUGUGAUUAAACUUACAGAACAUAUCGAUAUGUUUUCAAGAUUUUGUUACGCUAGCAAUUAUUGCUGUCUGUAGGCUUAGUGAUUUGCUAGCUUUUUCAGCUAGAAAGAAACAGGAGCUGCUGGAAUUUUUUGGCUUAUUUAAAAGGCAUGCUACCAAGUGUCAUUUAAACUUGUAUGAGAUCUGAAACUGCUUUCAAGGGGAAAAUGUAAAACACAGAUGUGAUGGUAAGCUUCCUUUUGUAUUUGUACUGUGACUUUUUAACUUUGCUGCCAUCUUCUGUUAAUCACAUAUUUUUUCAUAUUGGUAUUUCCUUUAUGACCAGAAAUAGAUACAGAGUGUUAUAACAUGAAAUAAACCUUGUCAGGCUAUUUUGUACAUAA